GCUGAAUGUUGACCACCACACAGCUUUUCUGGUGCAGCAAGUGUUUGUGGAAAAAGGCGUUUAAUAACCACAGAGAAGGAGCAGACGGGUGUAUGUGCAAGUUAGCGGCAGCAGCAUGUCUGAAUAUCCGACCUUCCAGUCCGGCACGUCUCGUUUCGACCAGAAAACGUUCUUUGGUCGGUUCAGGCACUUCUUGGAUGUGAUUGACCCCAGCACACUCUUCGUAACAGAGAAACGGCUGCAGGAGAGCGUCGAGCUGCUCGACCGUUUCAAACAAGGAACUCUGCCUCCAGGAGUGACAGAUGCUCAGCUUUGGCAAGCCCAGAAGAUAAAGCAGGCCAUCAUCCACCCUGACACAGGGGAGAAGAUCCUCAUGCCCUUUCGGAUGUCAGGUUUUAUUCCAUUUGGCACACCAGUGGUUGUUGGACUUCUGCUCCCUAAUCAAACACUGGUGUCAACGAUCUUCUGGCAGUGGUUAAACCAAAGUCACAACGCAUGUGUUAACUACUGCAACCGCAACGCCUCCAAGCCUGCUCCAGUUUCCAAAUUCGUUCAGGGAUACCUCGGAGCGGUGACCAGCGCCGUGUCCAUUGCUGUUGGCCUGAAUGUUUUAAUCCAGAAAGCAAACCGCUUCAACCCAACCACCAGGCUUUUGGUGCAGAGGUUCAUCCCCUUCCCAGCAGUGGCGAGUGCAAACGUCUGCAACGUGGUGCUCAUGAGACACUCGGAGCUUUCAGAAGGCAUCAGCGUGCUCGACGACAACGGCAGAGUGGUGGGGACUUCCAAAGUGGCUGCCAGGCAUGCACUUAUGGAGACGGCCCUGACGAGAGUGGUCAUGCCGAUGCCAAUCCUGGUGCUUCCUCCCUUGAUCAUGGCUGCACUGGAAAAACUUCCUCUCCUGCAGAGACAGCGGAGGCUCGUCCUGCCGGUCCACAGCCUGGUGUGUCUCGCUGCCUUCAGCCUGGCUCUGCCGCUCGCCAUCAGCCUCUUCCCACAGAUGUCGCAGAUCAGCGUGAAUCAGCUGGAGCCGGAGAUCGCCAUGGCAACAGAUUGUAAGAUCGUGACGUACAAUAAAGGGCUGUGAGAGAUCCCGACCUGGAGAUCAAACCCGCUGCUCAUCGCGAUUCAGAGCCGCCGGAUGAAGGAUGGAUUGUGGUAAAAUUUGGCUGCGGCAGUCAGUGAGGACUGAACAUACGUUUACAUUCAUAAGAAAAAAAAACAGUGAUCAACAUAUACAUCACAACACUUCUCAAGGUGUUAUCACUGCUACAGCAUGAACAAAUACGACAGAGAUGAUGCCAGAAAUACUCAGCAGGAAGACGCUUAGAUCUACAAACUUAGAUUCUUCUCUUCCUCCCUCUUUCACAUCAACAUGCAGUAACUUAAAAUUGAUUUAAACCAAAAUGGGUGGAUUUAAAUACAAGGAGGACGUUCACUUUAUGAUCAUCGUUGUCUUGAUUGUAUGCGUGAAAUACUGUGAAUGAAAUCAAAGUACAAUUUUUUGUUGUUGUUAUUGUUUAGAGUUAAGUGCAAGAGAUUCCAACUCUUUAAGCUUUUGAGCCCUUAUUGUGAAAAUCCUCGCAACCUAAAUUCAUAGGUUGCACUUUUAUGAUCUGUGAGCAGUUCAAUCAAAGAAGGUUUUAGAUUUUUUAGAGGGAUUAAACAACAAUGUCGCUUUAGACAGAAGCAAAGAGGAGAAGAAAUCAGACAUGUUGUAGCUGAUUGUACUUGUUCUGUGUAUAAAACACUGUGAAUGAAAUCAACAUUUUUUUUUUUCUUAAUGUUUAUACUUAAAUGUAAGGGCUUCCAAAACUUUUUACUUUGAGCCCUCAUUAUGAAACUGCAUCUCUUUACAAGUCCAUAAGUUUAAGAUCUGUGAGCAGUUCAGUCAAAGAAUGAUUUAGUUUUUUUGGAGGUCAAAUAUGAUUUAAAAAAUUAACAGUAUUGCUUUAGACAGAAGCAAAGAUGAGAAGAAAUCAGACAUUUUGUGCAUCAGUAUUAUAGUUUUUCUUAUUUACUUGUUGAGAUCCUGAGUUCCUACCAGAAGACCCUCAGAUGAAGGGAAGCUUAGAAGUCCAGUAGGUUCUACUGCAGCUCUUAGAACGAACUGAAUUAAUUCACCCUAAAUAGAAAAGCCAGUUUGCUUAAAUAUGUACUUGUGCAAAUGAUCAGAAGACAGCCAGUGAUUUAAGCACUGCUUGGCUGUCUGUUGUAGAGUUAAAGAGCUUCUGAAUCAACACUUGUUCCCUUAAAUAAAACAAAUCCUCCUGAAGUUUCUCUCUGUAGUAUGAAAUUGUCUGGUCUUAAUUUUACUGUCAGGUGUCCUCAGGUGACUUCUGCUGUGAGCUAAAGUGAAUUUUAAAGCCCUGCAUUAUGAAGUCAUUUCAUAUCCCAUCAUUUUCUUUGACUCUCUAACUGCAAUAAAAGUCCCAAUAUAGAGAAAGAAUUGCGCAAAAAACAUGAUUUUCAUUGUCUAAUAUUUUUGUGAUCAAGCAAAAAUUAUGUAAAUGCACAAAAUUAAAGAUUUUUUUUGUAACUAAAUGUCACCUUGAAGUAUUUUUGUUGACACGAUCGCUCCUGUUUAUUGCGAGUACUUUGUAAAUUCUGCCACUGCUGCCUUUGUAUCGUCUGCUUGAUUUAUAUAAACGCUCUGCCUCACGGCGCUA